UAGAGAUUAUUGCAGUAUCUACAGUGCAACGCCUUAUAAUAUGCAAUAGUUCUAUUAUGGCAUAAGCCUUCUAAAAGUAGGCAACAAACAUACCAAAGAUAUACCAAAAAAAGAAUGUGUUAAAUUGAAAAAUAACCCACUUGACUCAAGAGAAAGUGAAAUAUUUCACACACGCAACCACCCUCCAAAAUAAAAGCCAAAGUGGUUACAUUCACUCGACCGUUGGCAACAUUUUCGAAACCCCCCAAAACUCUUAUCAGUGCGGACGCCCAGUUUCUAAGGUUUUUUCUAAGCCAAGAUACCUGUAUAAUAGAGUGGAAAAAUAAAAUGUGCAUCUCAGCCGCUACUUGAGUGAUAUGUAAGCCCUACCGGCCAACUAAACAGUCAACCAACCAACCCUUCAUCACAUAAAUAAUGGGUGAUUCAGAUAGUGAAGGCAGUGAUGGAGAGGGCGGCAUGGGUAAUGUUUCCCGUGUUAUUAUCCGGCCGCCCGGUGUCAGUGGCAAAGCCAAAAGAGGUCAGAUAUGCUUUGAUGCUGCCUUUGAGACCGGAAAUUUGGGUAAAGCCAAUCUGGUGGGAGAAUUCGAAUACGAUUUGUUCUUGCGACCGGAUACUUGUAAUCCCAGAUUUCGUUUUUGGUUCAAUUUCACUGUGGACAAUGUGAAACAAGAUCAAAAAGUAAUUUUUAAUUUUGUGAAUAUCAGCAAGGCUCGUAAUCUUUUCAAUUCGGGACUAACACCUUUGGUCAAAUCAUCCUCACGCCCCAAAUGGCAAAGAUUGCCCAAGAAGCAUGUCUUUUAUUAUCGCUCACCAUAUCACCAGAAUCACUAUGUUCUAAGUUUUGCCUUUUCCUUCGACAAGGAAGAUGAUGUCUAUCAAUUUGCUUUAGCACCGCCUUAUAGCUAUUCACGCAUGCAGUCGUACCUGAACUUAAUCGAAAGUCGCCAGCAGCAGGGUGGAGAGAAGAAAUUUACAAGAAGUUUGUUAACCAAAACUUUGCAAAACCGCAAUGUCGAUUUAAUAACCAUUGACCAUGUUGUCGGCAAGGUUAAGACAAAUCGUGUGGAACGCUGCGUUAUACGCGUCAUCAUCAUACUCUGUCGCUCUCAUGCCAAUGCCAGUCCUGCUUCGUUUAUGUGCCAAGGUUUUUUGGAGUUUUUAUUAAGUAGCCAUAACAUUGCAAAAAUAUUACGCGAAAAUUUUGUUUUUAAAAUUGUGCCAAUGGUCAAUCCGGAUGGUGUUUUCCUGGGCAAUAAUCGUUGCAAUUUAAUUGGCCAGGAUAUGAAUCGUGUGUGGCAAGUGGCCACAGAAUUCUCACAUCCCGAGAUAUUUGCCAUAAAGAAUAUGUUAAAGGAAAUUGAUAAUUCUGAUUCGUAUCAAAUCGAUUUCGUCAUCGAUUUACAUGCUCACACAAGUCUCCAUGGUUGUUUCAUGUACGGCAACACCUAUGAAGAUGUCUAUCGCUAUGAGAGGCAUUUGGUGUUUCCACGUCUGUUUGCUGGGAAUGCUCAGGACUAUGCAUCGGCCAAUAUGAUAUUUAAUGCAGACGAAAAGAAAUCUGGUUGUGCACGACGCUACUGUUGUGAAAAAUUAAGUGAUACCGUUAAUGCAUACACAUUGGAGAUAUCAAUGGGUGGUCAUUAUCUUAAGGACGGUAAAACGGUGGCCCUGUACAAUGAGGAGGGAUAUUAUCGUUGCGGCCGCAAUUUAGCUAGAACUUUUUUACAAUACUAUAGAUUUAUUAAUGUGCUACCGGCUCCCUUGCCCUCGGAGGUAAGGCAAAAGAAGCGUCGCCCCAGAACCCAUAACUCACGUUCACGUUCCAAGAAUCGCUAUGAAGUUAAACCACGACCCAAGACCACUCGCUCCUAUGCUCCCAUUUCCUAUACGAAUUUAUCUAUCUGCUAUGAUUCAGGAGGCUCCUCGGAUGAAGGAGGUUUCUCGCCCACUCGCACUGUGGCUCCUGGCAGUAGUCACUUUAGUGGUUAUCGAAAUUAUCGUCGAGUUGCCAGUUGCACCAUGCCUUGUGCUGGAACCACAAAUCAACAGCAACAACUCACACACGAUCAAUUUGCUUUGCUGCGCAUUAAAUCAGGACGUUUUGAUUUGGCCCAGGAACCUUCACUGCAUGAUUAUGGUGGCAAGAGUAAAAGUCAAUCUCCGGAAAAACAGACACGUUUUGAAUUACCUGUCAAUGUGCCGCCCAAGCCUUAUUUAUCGAUAAUCGACUUAAAUCAAUUGACCAGAGGUAGUUUAAGGGUUUCCAGUUUUGAAGAUUAAAUGGUAUAGAGAAAUGUAUGCACACAAGGAUGUUUAUAUUUUAGAACAUAAGUAUUGAUUUUGCCAUUAAAGUUGCCUUACUGCUAAUGCUUUGGAUUUUCAAAUGCUUUAACGUGGUAAAAAUAUUUUCCUAUAUUUAUUCUUAAUGUUGAAUUUAAUUAAUCUCUUUAUAAAAAAUGUUUAAAGCAAUUAUAAAUGUAUAUAAGAGCUUUGGUUUUAUCUAAAUAACGAAUUUAAAAUAAAUAAAAGCAAGUUUCCGAUUAA